AUGGGUAGGAAGAAGGCACGGAGGAAAAUCAAUAUGCCCAGAAGGCAGGCAAAGCUUGAAAGGCAUUUCAACUGCCCGAUGUGCAGCCACGAGAAUGUUGUGCAGUGUGUGAUCAAGAAGAUGCAGAUGAAGGGGAUCGCAAGGUGCUCUGUAUGCGAGGCAAGCUUUAUGUGUGACAUAGAUAAACUUACAACAGGAAUAGAUGUGUAUUCUGCAUGGGUUGAUAGCUGUGGCAAGGAUAUUUGA